AUGGCUGACUUAAGAACAGUCAAUCUCACAGUUGAACCACUCAUGAACAACACUGUUUAUGUCAUCAACUUAGAUGGUGUCUCUGAUCAGUUUGGCAACAAGCUUAAUUCCAACACAUCCAUCCUCUUCGUUGCCGGAUCAAAGGUUGCUCAUAUCAACGAAAUCAAGAGCAACAAGCAGGUUGUUUCCGAGACACAGUUCACAACAGACGCCUUCACAAUUAAGAUGAACAUCAAGAAGGUCACAUCUUACAACGGCGUCAUCCUCGAAGACAAGAACAACUCUGUCUUCGUCGAAUCAGAUAACGGACACAUCGUUCUCACAGUCGGAAAGGUUUCUGUCCGCUCAUCUGAACUUAUCACUGACAAUACAAACGUCACACUCGUUAGAGAACCAAACACAAUGCUCAAGGUCUACAUCAAUGGCUCUAUCUCUAACGCCUCAUACACUUCAGGACAAGCUACACUUGUCACAUUGAAACAAUUCGAACUCAGCAACUCUGAAUACGAAUUCAACUCUAUCUACAUCCUCGAAAAUGCAGUCGACUACAAGCAUACAAACAAUGAAAUCGAUGAUGAUGGCUACAUCAAAGUCGAUGACAACAAGAGCAAGAAAAGAAGGUCAUCCUUAUUGUAA